CCCGAAUAUUUUCGUGCUGUCAUGCCCCUAAAACGAUUUUAUCUGUUGCUUCGUGCACUCAGGUUCGAUGAUAUAAAUACAAGAACUGAAAGAAAAAUGUAUGACAAACUAGCCGCCAUCCGAAUGAUAUUCGAUGGAUUUGUACAACGUUGUCAAGCUGUAUAUACUGUUGGGGAAAACUGCACUAUCGAUGAAAUGCUCGAAGCAUUUAGAGGUAGGUGUAGUUUUCGUCAGUAUAUCCCGAACAAGCCAAAUAAGUAUGGCAUAAAAAUUCAAGCAUUGGUGGAUUCACGUACUUUUUUUAUUUCUAACAUGGAGGUAUAUGUAAGAACACGGCCUGACGGCCCAUUCAAAUUUGAAAAUAAGCCAUCAAGUAUUGUAAAAAGGAUGAUAACUCCAAUUUCUAAAACUGGUCGAAAUAUCACGAUAGAUAACUGGUACACUUCCAUACCAUUGGUAAAUGAGUUGCUUGAAAAUCAUAAUUUGACAACUGUUGGAACUCUACGCAAAAAUAAAAAAGAAAUCCCACCUUGCUUUUUAGAUACUAAACGUAGGGAAAAAAAUUCAACUUUAUUUGGAUAUAGUAAAAAUCUAAUGAUUACGUCGUACGUGCCUCGUAAAAACAAAAAUGUCAUAUUGGUAUCUAGUAUGCAUAAUCAAGGCGUUAUAGAUACAGAUUCUGGUGACCAAAAUAAACCCGAGAUUAUUACCUUUUACAACUCUACAAAAGGCGGAGUAGAUGUUGUUGACGAACUGAAGGGAGAAUAUUCUGUUUCUAGAGUAAGCUGUAGAUGGCCAUUGACAAUAUUUUUCUCUCUAAUGAAUAUUGCGGGAAUCAAUAGUCAAAUAAUUUAUCGGGAAAAUACUGGCAAUGUUAUUACUCGUCGAAAUUAUCUUAGAAGUUUGGGUCGAGAACUUGCUAAAGAAUUUAUGAUCAACCGACUUGCUAUACCAACAUUGAGUAUUCAACUUCGAAGUACAAUUAUGAAGAUAACAGGAAUAAAAAAACAGCCUACACAGCCUGAACAGCAUGGAUCAGUGAAAGAAAGAUUGAAAUGUGCAUAUUGUCCAAAAAAUAAAAAUCGAAAAACAAUGGUAUGCUGUGAGCUAUGUAAUAACCGUAUUUGUAAAGAGCAUACAAGUACUAUUUGCAAAUCAUGUCAAACGGGAUCAGAAGAAAAAUCCGAUUCAGAAUAAAUAUAUAGCUGAUAUGUAUAUACAUUAUUUUUUUUAU